AUGCAAGAGGGAAAUUAUGGUUUGAGUGCCACAAUAAGUAUGAAGCGAUCUCGUAACCAACAAAUCGACGAAGUUUUAUCCACUUCAUUUUCCGAUUUGGAUACGUUAACACAAAAUGCGGAACGACUUGAAGUGAUUGCGGAAAAGUUUCAAUCGCACACGACGGAAGGCAAAGAAAACAAAGAGUAUCAGAAAAUGCUGAUUGAGUUGGGAAUAGCAUCACCAGUCUCUCGUACCGAUUCGGGAAAGAAUUUCAUAGCAAAUUUGAUGUUUGAAAUAGACACAUUUACACAUGAGUACUUCCUCAAACAAGGUGAGAGCGCUAUUUUAUUAACAGAUCUUUAUUCGAUAUAUAACAGAGCUCGUGGUGAUGUAGUUUCUCCUCGUGAAAUGAAAGACGCGUGUGACUUACUGAAUAGUAAUGGGAGAUUUAUUGGGAUGAUGAACAUCAAUAAGUCUUUAAUAGUCCACGACAGAGAGUUCAAUUUGAAUAACUUCCAAGUUGCUGUCCUUCAAACUUUACAACAAACAAAGCGAAUAACUUGUCUUCAAAUAGCUCAACACUAUGGCAUACAAUUUGUUAUUAUCAAAACUCUAAUGGAACAACUUGAGAGAAACGAAGUGAUAUGUCGGGAUGAGUCUGAACAAGGUACGGCGUUCUAUGAAAAUAUGUUCCAGCCUUAUGUUCUUCACUACAUAAAUUGA